UAUGAACGAACACAGCACGGACCCGUCCCGUGCGUAAAUAACGCAAACCAGUUGGGAAAACGACGAGGGUCAAAGUAAAACAUUGGGUGGAUAACCAGGAUUGGAUGGUACGAGUGACGCAAUCACUGCAUUUACCGAUGUCAACCGCACCUCCGCCUCCAAGAUCCCGGACCGGAUGACAGAGAUUCUGACCGGAGGACGACGGGAGGAAAUUUUGCCUCACCGAGUUCCACUCAUGACAAUUACUACCUUCACGGAGCACACUUUCUACGAAGUGCCUCGUCGCUGUUUUCCUCCGUGUCCAUCGAAUAGGAUCUUGCAACAUCCUUAACAUCAACGGAAGGAGUAUAAUGUGCGAUUUAUGCCAAUUGUUGAUCAAGCUUCUCAGUGCUGUAAGUCAAUAAAUCACAAUAAUUAAGAAAAUAUUUAACCACACGCGUCAAUUUUCCAGCUGUUGCACCGCAGCUGUGCAUGUUGUAUAGACGACUGCGAUGUUUUAUAGCCAAACUCGACCUUUGCUUUGAGGUGCACCCUAGAGAAUUGCGUAUCGACUCGUUUUUUUCCGCGUUCUUUUUGCCGACUGCUGUUCAACUAAAACACACGGGUGCAAUCUAGACAUUGCUGACCAGAUUCCCAUUCGCCUUGGAUUGACGCCGUGCAGAACCUAUAGAGGGCUCAUUUACCGUUUCUCGUAUUCGACGCAUCUUUUUUCAUCCUUACUAUGAAUUACCUGCGACGUCGACUGUCGGACAGUAAUUUUAUGUCUAACUUGCCCAAUGGCUACAUGACCGACCUACAGCGGCCUGAACCGCCGCAGCAGAGCCCUGCCCCGGUGGUGUCGCCGGGAUCUCAAGAGAGGCGUCAACCCCCUAGUCAGUCUACGGGCGCCGGCUUCUUUUCCUCCAUUUCCAACGCUGUCAAACAGACCACCGCCGCUGCCGCUGCUACCUUUAACGAGGCAGCCGAGAGGGGACUCGGCUCGAGUGGUGCAAAGAUUCUCCUAGUCAUUGAUGACCAACAGACGGAUUGGGUGAAAGUGUUCAAAGGCAAGAAGGUUCAUGGUGAAUUUGACAUCAAAGUAGAACAGGCUGAUUUCUCGGAGGUUAACUUGGUCGCUCAUGCAACAGGAAGCUAUAGCGUGGACAUUGAGGCUAUCCGCAAUGGCAACAAAAUCACAAAGUGUUUUAAACCAGAUUUUGUUCUGGUGCGACAGCAUGCGUACAGCAUGGCCAAAAAUGGCGACCACAGGAACAUUGUGAUUGGUCUUCAGUAUGCUGGGAUUCCCAGUGUCAACUCUCUUCACUCUGUUUACAACUUCUGCGACAAACCAUGGAUGUUCGCUCAGUUGUCCAGAUUGUACAAGCAGUUGGGUCCAGAGGAGUUCCCACUGAUUGACCAGGUUUAUUACCCCAACCACAAGGAGAUGAUCACUACUUCCAGCUUUCCUGUGGUUGUGAAGAUGGGUCAUGCUCAUUCUGGGAUGGGAAAGGUGAAAGUGGACAAUCAAUAUGAUUUCCAAGACAUUGCUAGUGUUGUGGCUCUGACGAAAACAUAUGCCACAUCUGAGCCUUUUAUCGAUGCCAAGUAUGACGUUCGAAUCCAGAAAAUUGGUGACAACUACAAGGCCUACAUGAGAACAUCUAUAUCUGGCAACUGGAAGACCAACACAGGAUCGGCCAUGUUAGAGCAGGUGGCCAUGUCUGACAGGUAUCGUAAGUGGGUGGACGUCUGCUCUGAGGUUUUUGGAGGUCUUGAUAUAUGCGCCGUUGAAGCACUACACGGUAAAGACGGUCAAGACUACAUCAUAGAGGUUGUGGGUUGCUCAAUGCCUCUCAUAGGAGACCAACAGGAUGAAGACCGGGCUUUGAUUGCUGAUCUCGUUGUGACCAAAAUGAACCAGACUGUUCCACACACUUCAGCUCCCGCUCCGGUUCACUCUCAGGGGCCAGCUGUUUCGCCUCAACCGAUCUCUCAGUCUAGAGUGCCACAGGCACAACAGCGCCCUCCUCCACAGGGAGGUCCACAACAAGCCCCUGCCAGCACUACUACUGCUCGUCAAGGGACUCCACCACAGCAGCGUCCCUCUCCCCAGGGCCAGCCCCCGUCCCAACCCCAGUCUGUGACCAGUCCUAAUGCCCAGGACCCUCCUGCUCAACAAACCAGGCCACCCAAUCCAGCACCACACCGACAACUCAGUCAAGGGUCCGCAGCACCCCAGAGGCCUCCUCCAGCACAGGGUGCCGCCCAGCGUGGCCCGGGCGGCUCUCCUCAGUCACAGAGGCCUCAAACUGCCGGCCAGGGUCCCAAACCGUCUGGUCAACCCCAGCAGAGGGCCCAGCCACAAAAACAAGGCCAGCCAACUAGGCAGGCUACCCAGGGUGGGAUGCAGCCAACCCAAGAUGCCCCACAACCAGCCCCGCAACAGCAGGGGGGUCCUCGUGCCGCCACUACGCAGCAGCCGCGGCCCACUACACAGGGCCAGGGAGGGCCUGGAGGUGCACGACCUCCGUUGCAGCAGAAACCUCAACCUCCACAGAAACCGAAUCCUGAUCACCCAGCCCUGAGUGGAUCCCCACAGCUUAACAAAUCCCAGUCUCUUACCAAUACAUUCAACAUUCCAGAAACGCCGGCCGCCCAGCACCAAAGUCCUAGCCAGGACGAAGCCAAGGCUGAGACCAUCCGCAACCUUCGGAAAUCCUUUGCAAGCCUCUUCUCUGUGGAAUAAGAUACACACACACACACACACACCUACAUACACACACAAAUGCAAACGUUGAGAUGGAGAGGUAACUAUAUCUGUUUCUCUAAAAAACACAAAUGAAAACACUCGUCAUAUUAUUAUUCUGUGUAAAAAGGACCAAUCGAAUUGCACGUUGUGAUGCACAUCUGUGUACGUGUCAGAUCUGUGCACGUCAAUAUGCAAUGUGACGUUGAUAAAGCACUGCCUACACUGCUUAAAGAUUGAAACACAGAAAUCGCAGCGCUGUUGCAGUUCAGUGUUACACAAUUGAAUCACAUUUGAAACAUUCCCUGUUGUAUUUGAGUCAAGUCGAAGGAAGGAAGGUGUGAAAUCACAACCACACGCACUUUUACACUACCUACACAGAGAUUGAACGUAGAUACACUAAACACACAUGCUAAUACUUGCCUGUUUGGUGCAUACCAGGCUCCUAUUAUUAUACCUUAAAACCGAUUAUACCACAGGGCGGUUGAAUGCUUCAAUCUGAUUGGUUGACAAACGUUCUAUGGGUAUGCAUUAUGUUUCAGUAAAUGCACACCUAUGAAGGUGUUCCAGGUCUGCUGACUGCAUUACAGUUCCAUGUCACUUCACCAAGUUUAAACAAAAGAAAGGUUAUAGUGUAGCCUACAGGCCAUCACUGCACACAGCACCCUGCUCUUGAUCUGACGUUUAUAAUGUCAAACUUUAAUGUUAUUGGAAACGUGUGCACUGCAGUUUCGUUUCAAUAAACAAAGCAUUUCAAAAACAAUAUAGAAAUACAUAUACUGACAUCGAAUGAAUAAAAUAACUAAAUAGAAAAACAAAAUGCAUCAAUAAACCCCGAUAGCCUACUGGUUCGUUUUCCUCUUCAUGCUGCUUAUAACUGAUAACAAAUAUAUUUUGAUAGACCUACUCUUUCAAAAGUUUGCGUGAUUUUACUGCUGAUGGUAGAAACAAUACGAGGAAUAAAUCAUUUAUUAUCACUGGCUUUUCUGUCACAUUACUGCAAAUACGCAGCAGGUGUGCGCACGCAGUCUCUCGCUCUCUCUCACUAACACACACACCACGUACCAUUGGCUCAAGCUUCCGAGUCCGUUCGUUCUAACGGACGCUUGAAAUGAGAUGCGCAAGAAAGUAGUCCUACCAUCACGAGCAUUUUAAAGGCGAUAACAUGACAAACGUUGAAAUUAAACAUUUGAACAGCGUCCUGUGGUGUGGUAACCGUGGUAUAAGCGGAAUAAUUGACACAGGUCCGUUCAAUACUUCGAAAGUUAAUGCACACCCCGAGGUGGUAAUGCGGCUACGAUACGAAGUGGCUUUGAUGGACACUUUGUGUUUCUUAAAAUCAUCCACCCUGAAUCUCCGAUAUAUGAUCUAAAAUACGUCUGCUAAUUGUUUGAAGCAUGUUUUGUUACGCUAAGGGUUCCCAACGAAUGAUUUUGACAGUGCACUCCAUUGUAUUGUUCCGAAAUGAUUUAUCAAUGUAUUUGACAUGCUCGAACAAAGUUUGGAUCCUAAAACGAUGACCCAUAGUGAUGUUGUUCAAAUUUGCACAAGCUUCCAUCGUCAAACUAACCUUGCGGCUGUUAGCGCUAGCCAUUUGCGAUAAUGCAUGACACUUGAGGAGAACGUAGUCGCACAAUGUGGGUGAUCUUGCUUUAGUAACUGUUGUGUCGUUGCACUUAGAUAAGAUAGUCGUAGUGAAAAUGUUGUUUCAUUUUUUGUGAGCAAGCUGUCUUCCCUAAUGCCCCUUUCCCUGGCAUGAAGAAAUAAUUUACACACAAUUAUGCCCUUAGAUGUUUUCAAUAUGCCUUAGCCAGAGAGGCAUAUGUAGAGAUUGAGAACGUUAGUUUUGGGAUACCACAUAUGUCUCAGGGAUCUCCCGGAGAGAAAGAUACAAUGACUUACCGUCAUUGACCAGGUCUUCCAACCAUUACUGUAGAAAUUUACAGAAGGCCAGGGUUUGGUAGAAUGUAUUUGUUUGAUAUUUAAACACGUUUGCACACCAGUACUGUAACACUUGGGAAUAUUUGAGAAGGUUUGUUUCCAUCAUACGAAGAGAAGCUUUUCACAGCUAUUUUGUAUGCCCAGAUGUAGAUGAGAAAAGGAGACCAUGUAGGUGUAUGGAAAUGCUUGCUUAUUACACAUUGGCCCAUGAAAAUGCAAAAUACAAAGCCAAGGAUGCCAUCAACAGCAAAUGUCUUCAGUUUCAAAAGAUCAUCACUGAAUAAGAUGCCUGUCACAUGUCGAGUUUUAGAUUAAACUGCUCUUAGUAUGUCCAGGUGUGCCCGGUUACACAACUUGGAUCCUUAAACCAGUUGCUCCUUAAUCUUUCACCCAAGGAAAAUCAAAAACCAGCGGCAGUGUCUUCCGCAAGUGAGGAUAUAACAUCCCAACACUGGUGUGUUUCAGGCAAUACAGUAUAUUUAUGGCCACUCGACGCGUACCGCCCCCCACCCCUCGCUUCCCUCUCACCAGCCUGUUGUGUAUUCACAGUGAUCCUUUUGUGACAAAUGGUGCGUUAGUGUGUGUAUAUAUCUGUAUAAUGUAACGUUGUACCGUAAAUUGUCAAAACCAAAUAGAAGUGUUGUACAGAUCUUAACUAAACAAACGAUGCAAGUGUCCUGUAAUUUAUUUAAUUCUUGAAGGUGAUCAUUGUUGAUAUGUUGUGGGUUUGUCUUAGACAGGAUUUUACUUUAAUCCGAUGUUAUUUAGGUUAUUGUGUGAUAUCUUCUCUGUAAACUAAUUAAACCUACCUGAAAGGUAUGUGUUCUUUUUUACAUAUUUUGUGACACAGCUGCAGUUGUUAUAAAUCAUCUUCAGUGUGUUCAUUAAUUGUUAGUAGUUUGUUUGGUUCACAUAUGUCGUAAUCUAGGUAGUCCACCAUUAUAUUAUUGUGGCUCAGGCAAGAUUUCAGUGCUCUUACGUGGUUCAUUUUUACAAACUUGAAUAGACAUGUGCAUUAAAUAAUGGCUUUAAUGAAUGUCAAAUGAAUAACAGAUCUCUGAUGCAAUCAAAUUUGGAGGCUAAAGAAAUGUUUUCAAUAACUUUUAUCGAAUGUCGCAGUAGGCUACCUAUUGAACCCAUGCCUGAGGUUGGUAUAGUUCGGUUCUUAUUUGGAAUUUUUUUAAUCAUUUGCCAUAUUUUUGUGUAACUUUCUUAUUUAUAAAAGAUGUGUAAUUUCCUUUGAAAGAAAAUGUAUUCGAAUAUGUCAUAAUUUCUAAACAGAAAGUUUAUCAUAUACUGACUGUUUGAAUCUCAGUGAAUUUUAUUGUCUGUUCAUGCCUGCCAAUUGUAUAAAGAAAGAAAGAUAUUAUUAAAAAUAUAUAGAAUAAUAGUCUUAAAUACUGUUAAAAGGAGAACUAUUGUUAAUCAUUGUGUAGUACACACAAAGACAUGCAACUUUGAUGUGAUCUUUAAUGUAGCUUCAUAAUGGUGUAUAAAUUAUUAUGCUAAAAUAUGUGCACCUAUUCAAUAAAGUCUAUCAAAUAAGUAUGCA